CUUUUCUGAUAGACCCUAGGAAAAUUACCCGCAGUUUUAUUAUAGUAAAAAUUAAGUAAUUAUGUUAUAGUUUUACAACAAAUAUCAUGUUUAAACUACAGUUGUGAGACCAUAUUUCAUUUUUGAUCACUAUGGUUUCACUACAAAAAAUGGUUAAUUUUCGUAAGAGUUUAUUAUUUAAAAAAAUGUCAAUGCAUAAAUAUCAAGCAUCGCUAAACGAUUUCUAUUUAUACAGUAAUAAAAUAAAACGAACUUUACAACAAUUAAUACAAGUUAAAAUAAUAUGUAAACAUUACUGUGAGCGUAAACAACAAAAGCGUGCAUGCGCACUUCCGUAUUGGUAGCGUUGCCAUGGAGACGUCAUUGCGUUGCUGGCAUGAUAGACGCUUGCUUCCUCACGUUAUUUCUGCAACAACGAAUGAAAGUAAACAAAUAACGUAAAGGUUUCAUCAGAGUUCAAUGUCUUCUGGGGAAAAGAUGCAAGUGACCAGGCCCAAAUCUUCUAAGGGGCGAAGCAGACCUGUGAUUCAGAAGAUGGAUACACCUGCCCAAUAUCCCACACUUUUGCCCCAACCUCCAACCAAAUCAAAUGACAGGACAAAUCAACACCUUCGGUCCCAAGCCGUUCCCAGAUGCAGGAGUCAGCCAAGUACAGAGGUACUGCCUGAAAUCUUUGACAGACCUCCAGAUGAGCCUUCCUCCCUCAACAGGUACAGGGUUCUCCCCUCUAUAGAGAAAAAAACGACAGGUAACCGGUCCGGUGCAGAUGUGGACAGAAAGGCCUCACAGAUGAGUCAGGGUGACAACAGCCACAGGAUUUGUAAGCAACAGUGUGCUUCACAUGUCCCCACAAAAGCUCAGGGCAAUGCAAGGAUGAGGAAUAUUUCGAAUAGUUCAAAAACCCCAAAGCAAUCAGAUGUGAUGCCAAAGGGGACAGGAAGUAAAAUGGGUUUGAUGCCUCAAGAUGAACCAGACCUACUGCUUGCUAUAAGAAAUCCAUGCGGUCACAGAUUCAAGUGCAAUUUUCAUCCAACAGAUAAGCUUCAGGCGGUACUAUCAAAGGCAGAGGCUGAAUUUGGGGAGAAUUAUGAGAAUUGCAUCAUUGAGACUAUGGAUGUACCACGCAGGACCUUUACAAACCUGACAAUGACUUUAGCCCAGUGUGGCAUCCUUAACAAAUCAGUUUUAUGCAUUUCACAGGAUGGCAGCAGUAUUGAUUCAACUUGAAGAAUAGUUGUUAAUUUGAAACCUUUGAUUCAUACUUAGAUUUAUGAUUGAUUUUAUUUACAGUCCGAUCAACAUUUCAUAUCUGCAUUUAUUAAUUAUGUAAUAAUUGUAUGAUGCACAGAAAACAUAUUAUAUAUUUUUGGUAAAAAGCUAAGAAUUUUUUUGUUUUUUUGGGUUUCUAGUUCUAGAAGUUCUAGUAUCGUGUCAGUCUCUUUAUUACUGAAUUUACAUAAUAAAACCACUUUGUUCUUUAAAGAGCCUGAUUUGUAUCAUUUAUUCUGGUAAAAUGUAAUAAAUAUGCUGUAAUCCUGCAUGCAAGUUUAAUUAAAUUGUUUAUGGAAGUCAAUUGAACAUACUAUUUUAAGUUUUUGACUACUAGUGAUGAGUUAAUAUAACUAAUAAUAAAAAAAGUGUAAGUAAAACAAAAACUUGCAUGUCUCAUGCAUGUUAUGUCUGCAAGCCGACAAAUAAGUUGAAGUGACGUAAAGUUAAAGCAUUUACAGCACAACAAUUAAAGAUAUAUGGUGUAAAGCACAAAUAUGGUA